AUGGCGAAACCAGGCCGAGGGCGUCCGGCUUCACCUUCAGGUUCCUCUUCCCGCUCAAUUUCUCGUUCACGUUCGAUUUCUCGCUCUCCUUCAACUUCACGCUCGCGCUCCUCAAGCUCACGCUCCAGGUCCCGAUCCCGUCCCCGUUCACGCUCCCGCUCCAAAUCAUUCACUUCUUCCUCUCGUUCUCGUAGCGUCAGCUCUCGCAGCGCUAGCCCCCCUCCUCAGAGAAAAAGUCCUGUUGAACAAGCUAAGCGAGGUCGCUCUCCACCACCACUAUCUAAGAAAGCUUCUCCACCACCGAGGAAAUCUUCUCCAAUUCCUGAGUCACUUGUACUUCAUGUCGAUCAGCUCAGUAGAAAUGUAAAUGAAAAUCACCUAAAAGAAAUAUUUGGUAAUUUCGGUGAAAUUGUCAAUGUACGGCUGGCAAUUGAUCACGUCGUUAACCUUCCAAAAGGAUUUGCAUACAUUGAGUUCAAGAGUAGGGCUGAUGCCGAGAAAGCCCUGUUAUAUAUGGACGGCGCCCAAAUUGAUGGGAAAGUUGUUCGAGCCAAGUUUACAUUACCUGAACGGAAGAAGGCUUCUUCGCCCCCUAAAGCUGUUGCUACUACUUCGAGGAGAGAUGCCCCUAAAGCUGAUGAUGUUGCUGCAGAUGCUGACAGAGAUGGUCUAAAACGACCUAGAGAAGCAUCUCCUCGGCGCAAACCUCUUUCUCCACCUCGAAGAUCUCCUAUAGCACGCAGAGGUUCUCCCAGACGGGAACCAGAUUCUCCUCCUCGCCGACGCCCAGAUUCUCCAGUUCGCCGCCGAGUAGAUACUGCUUAUCGACGGGGUGACUCACCACCUCUUAGAAGGAGGCCUGCAUCUCCUGCCAGAGGCCGUUCUCCCUCCUCUCCACCAAGGCGUUAUCGAUCACCUCCCAGGGCAUCUCCCCGCAGGGUACGUGGUAGCCCUGUUCGACGACGAUCUCCACUUCCUCCAAGGCGACGUUCUCCACGACGUGCUCGAAGUCCACCAAGAAGGUCUCCAAUUAGCCGUCGACGUAGCCGCUCCCCUCCUAUUAGGAGGCCAGCUCGUUCAAGAUCAAGAUCGGUAUCUCCAAGAAGAGGGCGUGGACCACCACCUGCCAGACGUGGUAGAUCAUCAUCCUACUCUUCAUCGCCUAGCCCACGCAGGGCUCCACGGAGGGUACCAAGGAGCCGCAGUCCAAGAAGGCCGAUGAGAGGAAGGAGCCCCAGUAAUAGCAGCAGCAGCAGUUCACCACCCCUUAAAAGUGACAAUAAUCCUCGAAUCGUUGUUCGAAGUAGUGAUGAACAUUUUGAUACAAUAGAUGACAAGCGAUCAUCAGUGAAGACAGAUGACACAAAUAAGAAGGAGAAGAACAGAAUCAAGCAAGCCAGGAUCAAAUUCUCCAUAAACCCUAGCUUCUCCAACUUGAAGCUUUUGAAGCCAACAAAAGGAACGAAUUUGGUAGUUUGCUCAUUAGCACACUCGGUAUCUCUGCAAGAUUCAAUGGCAGGCAAUGGCCUGUCAACAUUAGGCCGUGUAAAACUCGUUGAUCUCAUACCAUGUGAAGGCCUUCCUUCGGACUCAUACAAAUUGUCAGUUUCAACUUUGUCCCAAUCUCUAGCUCAGUAUUCUGCUGCCAUUAUCCAAUUACCCGUGAAUGAUGGGGCCCUUUUGAGGUCUUGUUUGGAAUCAUCUCGUCUCUACUUCCAUCAAAAACCACCUUACCCUCCUGCAGAUAUUAUUCAUCCCGAUGACUUCCAUGAAUGGUGCAAGACAUCUGGUUACCGUGCAGACCCUCAAAUGUGGCAAGAGAUUUUUGAUUUUAGACCUGGGCUUACUAUUACAGAACCUAAUAAUGAAAUGGAAAUCCCUCCAGCUGGUUUAGUGGACAUAUUUUCACUGCUUGGGAAAGCGUGUAGGGACAUAUUAGAUGCCAUCGGCUUUUAUUUGAAUCUGCGUAGUUCGCCUUUCAGUGAAAUACUUGAUAACAUGCCUCUUAGAAAUCGGGAAAUCUCGUCGUCAGUGUUGUCUGUUUUUUGCCAUGGGAGACCAUCUUUUCAGGGUGCACAGCAACAUAAUUUAACGACUCAAGAAGAUGGCGAAUUAGUAAUGUUCUCAGACCAUGAACAUCAGGUUGACAGAAGCCUUAUAACUCUUGUAAAGUCAGAUCGGGCAGGCUUGCAUGUAAGAGACUUUCAUGGUCAUUGGGUCCCGGUGGACGGCGAUCUUGGACCCCAAGAAGCAAUUAUUUAUCCUGGGCUUGCUUUGUACCAGGCAACUGCGGGCUACAUCAACCCUGCAAUGCAUCGUAUUGAUAUCAGUAAUCUGCAGGGUUCUAUGUAUGGGCGUUGUUCUCUGGCAUUCAAACUCAUGCCAAAAUCCAUGACCAGUCUCAAUUGUUCAGAGAUGAGGGCAGCUGGGCAUGGGGUGGAAGCUCAAUUCCAGCUUCCUGUAUCAGUCGACGACUUUAUGCAGAGAUCCACUGACCAACUUCUUAAUGGGAAUAAUUUUUCGACAUUCAGUUACCCAACCGCCCAAGAUGGAUCAGUGAAACCCGUCAUGAGGAAGAAGAGGAGUAAUUCAAGUUGUAAACCUCUUCCACCUUCGAAGAGACUGCGACUUGAGGCACAAAGAGUUCUGAAAGAGAGGGUUCAAGAUAUUGCUGAUAAGAAGGGUAUCAAAUUGAGGUUCUGCACCCUGAAGGAGUGUGAAAAUCAUGUCCAUUCACUAGACAGCCCUUGUGCAAAUAUAAGAAUGGAGAUUGGAUGGCCGCCAGGAGUUCCAUUUGUUCACCCACAUGAUCUUCCUAACAAGGCAAAGAUUGGAUUUCUUGAAACAUAUGAACCUGCCGAAUUAACAGACUUCUACCUGCACUUGAAUGUAUUUUCAGAGAGACCAUAUUGCUCUCUUGGUCUGUCAUAG